GCGGCACGCCCACUCACCCCAUCCUGUCAGCACCGCAAACUCUUUUCGUCUGCAUUUGGGACCUAUACAGAGAAGAAGAGCCAUGAUCAGCGUACUUUCCAGGGUGGGUUCCUUCUUCUGGAGAAGAGCUGGUGAAGAAGAGAAAUCAAAAUCUAGUUCAGAUUCAUCUGUGAUUAGGAAUAUGGAUGGUGUAGUUACACGUUUCUGUAAUGAUUAUGGAAUGAUAAAUGACCAAGUUUAUUUCACAAGUGAUGCUGUGAUAGGCAGAGAGCCACUAAGCGUAGGACAGAAAGUCAAUGUUGCUUAUGAAGAGGAUAAAACUUCUGGAGGCUUGAGAGCAAUCAUGGUGCACGUGAUCUCCAACAAAUGGGAGAACUAUAUUCCUUCAAAUGAAAAUUCUCAAGACCUCAACAUAAGAGUUUUAAUUGGUUGUGUUACAUCCUGCAAUAAAGAUGGCGGUGAUAUCAAUCAGACAACUUGUUUUUCCAUGUGUGAUGUAUGCGAAGGAUAUGUUCCAUACAAAGGAGACUGGGUAAAAGCAGAGUACUUCAUUAAUCAAUCCACAUGGAACAGCGAGGCAUAUUCUGUGAAGCCACUGAGAUGUAAAAGAGUAGACCAGAUGAAAAUUACAGCGUUUUAUGGGACAAGUGGUGUAAUUGCUGAAAGUAUUUUCUUUACAAUGGAUUCCAUAAGGCUUCCAAAGGACUAUCAUCCGCGACGUGAUGACCUUGUUAAUGCAGUAGUGGUGGAAAGCAGCCAAUCAUGUUAUGUCUGGCGGGCACUGUGCAUAGCACCAGUUAACACACAAAGUUUGUCAGCAUAUAAUGCCACUGACUCACUCUAUCAGUGUUCAGCUGUUUUGAUGAUGAACAAAGGGGGCCUGGAAGUUUCCAGAAUGACUAAUUUUGGAGUGAUCAAACAAGGACAGACUAAACAAAUGCAAAUAUACAUUGAGAAUAAGGGAAACGAACCUCAUACACUGAUUUCUUGCAAGCUUGCUGGGUGGGAAAAGGAGAACAAAUUUAAACUUGAAAUGUCUAAACCAAAAUCUGAAUCUAUGUCUGACACAACCCAAACAGCACAGGCUUUUUCUUUUCCGCCAAGAGAAAGACAAAUGUCUGUCAGUGUAACCAGUUAUUGUGAAAAAGACAAGGCUGACCUUCAUCAAACAGCCCCUUUCAGUGUACUAACCAACAAUGAACUGACUGCAAAGUUUUGUCAGUUGGGCUAUAAAGUGUCUUCAGCAACACCAUCCUUGUUUAAUAAUUGUACUAAAUUUGUAAGAGGUUCCACUGACCCUUUAUCAUCUGGAUUAUAUGGACCACUGAGACAUUGUCCAGAACCUUCAGAUGAUCCUAUGGAGCAACCUGUUCUUGGAGCAACAAUACAUGAGGAACAGUCAUGCAAUAUGGAUAGUAAUGUAAACAGUGGAGUCACUGACUCUGUACUACAACACUCUUCUAAUGCCCCUACAAGUGAAGUGGUUAUUCUGCCUGGGGAGAAGACUUUUAUUAUUGUCACGUGUGAAGCCAGAAAUCCAGGCCGCUGCAAAGAACUACUUUUGCUCUGCUUCAGUGAUUUUAUGAUUGGACGUUGCCUUGAAGGAACUGUUGAAAGUGAAGAGGAGUCCUUCUUGCUCCCACCUGUGGAAUUUGCUUCCAAGCAAAAGAAAGUGCCCCAAGAAUAUAUGUCCAACAGCAGAACAGUUCUGUCAGCUCCACAUAAAAGGAUUUCUAGAAGGCAGCUUCCAAGUUUUCUUCCACUUUAUCCCAUACCAGACAGACUCAGAAAGUGCACAGAACAGAAGAUGGACAUCUUGGCAUUAGAGCCUUGUUUGGGAGAGGUUUUAACCUUGUCUAAUUACCGCAAGAGGAUGUCCACCCUACUUUGGCUUGAGGAUAUUCAUGCCGAGAUGGAAAUCCAAGAAUUUAGCCUAAGCGGUGUUUGUCUCCAAAAACGUGGAGGAUUCUUGCUAUUAGAAGUACCUGGAAUUGCUGAGGGUAGACCUUUUCUAAACCAAGGGGACAAAGUGUUUUUAAAAUACCAGGAGUUAACAACAACGGCAAUUCAGUUUGUUGGGUUAAUUGUGGAGAUUCAUGAGGAGGAAAUUACGCUCAGGGUCAAUGAAGAACUUGAGCAAUCUUACAAGUUUGAACCAAUGGAUGUGGAAUUUGUGGUAAACAGGGUCACUAGCAGGCGAUGCCAGUUUGCUGUGGAACAAGCAGAGCAUUUAGGCCAAAAAGUGUUGUUUCCCGAUACUGUAGAAUUACAAUCCCCACAAGUUGCCAGUAGAGAUACCAGCGAGAUAGACUGUCCAGAAAAAAAGGAGAAAACUGGAUAUCAAGAAACCAAUCAGAGUAAUCCGACAUCAAGAGGAAAGAAUGCUGUAUAUAUGAGUGAUAUGGUGACAGUGGCUACACAGACCAGCACAAAAGGUAGUGGUUCACCUGUAAAGAAGAAAGGACAGUUUUUUAAUAAUCUGCUGAAUAAUCACCAAAAACUAGCAGUGAAAAGGAUUCUCGGUGGAGAAUGCCGCCCUACACCAUACAUACUCUUUGGGCCACCAGGGACUGGAAAAACCGUUACAAUAAUCGAAGCAAUAUUACAGAUCUAUUAUGCUUUACCAGAUAGCCGUAUUUUGGUCUGUGCGCCAUCUAACAGUGCAGCUGACUUGGUUUGCUUGAGGCUACAUCAGAGCAAUCAGCUCGAACCUGGCAGCAUGGUUAGAGUGAAUGCUACUUGUCGGCUAGAAGAGACAAUCUGUGAUGCGGUUAGACCUUACUGUGGGCCUGGAGAAGACAUUCGAAAAGCAUCCCGGUUUCGCAUAAUUAUUUCCACUUGUAGCAGUGCAGGCAUGUUUUAUCAGAUUGGAUUAAGGGUUGGACACUUCACCCAUGUGUUUGUAGAUGAAGCAGGCCAGGCCAGUGAACCUGAAUGUUUGAUACCACUAGGGCUGAUAUCAGAAGUAACCGGACAGAUAAUACUUGCAGGGGACCCAAUGCAGCUUGGACCCAUUAUAAAGUCUAGAGUAUCCUUGGCUUAUGGGCUGAAUGUAUCUUUUCUGGAGAGGUUAAUGGCUAGACCACUAUACUUAAGAGACGAAGAAAGCUACGGAGCAUGUGGGAAUUACAACCCAUUACUGAUCACUAAACUUAUGAAAAACUACAGGUCACAUGCUGCGUUACUUCAUUUACCUUCCAAACUAUUCUACCACAAAGAACUGGAAGUCUGUGCAGAUCCAGCUGUAGUAAAUAAGCUAUUGAGGUGGGACAAACUUCCUCACAAAGGAUUCCCUUUAAUAUUCCAUGGUGUCAGGGGUACAGAGAUGCGAGAAGGAAGCAAUCCAUCUUGGUUUAACCCCUCAGAAGCCGUCCAGGCGAUGCGAUACUGCUGCGUUCUUGCUAAACAUGUUACUACAUCAGUGUCUGCUAAGGACAUUGGUGUCAUCACUCCAUAUCGAAAACAGGUGGAAAAAAUUAGAACACUGCUAAGAACUGCUGAUCUGUCAGACAUAAAAGUUGGUUCUGUAGAAGAGUUUCAGGGGCAGGAAUUCUUGGUAAUCAUUAUAUCAAUGGUGCGGUCUUGUGAAGACUCUCUUCAUGAAGAUUCCAGACAUCUCCUGGGAUUUCUGUGCAGCCCAAAACGAUUUAACGUUGCCAUAACUAGGCCAAAGGCUUUGCUGAUUGUUCUUGGAAAUCCGCAUGUCCUUGUCAAGGAUCCAUGCAUCUGUGCCUUACUUGAGUACAGUGUAAUAAAUGGAGCUUACACAGGCUGCAACCUGCCUCCUGGUCUUGAAACCCUUCAACAGUGUGAUUAGUCUUCUGAGAAUGACCUGUUACAACUUCAUGUUUCAUUAAAAAAGCACUUCUCUUGAAAAGGACAUGUUCUGGUCUGUCAAGAUUUCACAGUACUGACUGAAUGAGUCUACGGGGUAAAAGGAUCUGACACCAAAGCAUAUUGUUUUUGCUUUCUGAUUUUGUAUUUGUUUCCUUGUUGCCAAAAUUUUGAGAAAAAAAACCACAAUAUAAGGGAUGGGUAGUUGUGUAUUUUCACACCCACAGUGCACUUUGUAUUAGUUUCCUUUUGGAAAGGCAUAUUCUCUAACCCUGUAAUGAUAACGGCUCUGGUACCAAUAACUGGCCGCAAACGGUCGAGAGAAUUUAUCAGGCCAGCUCUGGCAGCUGUGUAUGUUUAUAUUUCUAUUGGUUUUUGUUUUGCACUAGUCAAUAAAGCAUGGUAACCUUA